AUGUCUCCCGAUUGGUAUACGCAGGCAGCGGACAACAACAAUAACAACGACUCGCAACGUUUUACGGUCAUUGAGGCAGAGCAGACAAGCACAGCAUCUUCGUCGACGGACGCCUUGGCCGAUGAUCAGUCUUUCAAGGUGUCUAUAUCACUCAAAGUCUCGCCAAUAAACACAGCGUUACCCAAAGCCUUCUCUGACGUGGCAGGCUUGACGCACGGAUCUGGAAUGACUGGGGCGUCACAUGCUUCCACCAGCAGCGGCAAAUCUUCGUCUGCAGGCUCUAGGACUUGCGCCAAGGAGGGCACAAUAACGCUAGAUAUUCCUGCGAGACUGGGGCAAGUUCUCGACAAAGGCAGAUACUGCAUCGUCAGAAAACUCGGAUACGGACAAUGCUCGAGCGUCUGGCUCGCGCGAGACAAAGGGGAGGAUCGCUUUGUAUCUCUGAAGAUCUUGACCUGCGAAGCGACCAAGGCACUUUCAGGCACAUCACCAUUGUCCGACGAGCUCGGUCUGCUGCAGAAGAUAGCCGACGGUGACCAAGGGCAUCCUGGAUUCCGACAUAACAUCAAGUACUACGGCUCGUUUGAAUUUCCGGGACCUCAUGGCAAGCAUCACUGUGUGAUUACGGAGGUGCUUGGGUACAGCCUGGAGUAUGUUCGCACACUGAACCCCAACGGAGACCGUCGUGUGCAGACGAGCACUGUCAAACGCGUCGUGAAGCACAUCGUCCGAGGAUUAGACACACGAGCUGUCGACGGACCCUUCAGCAUGCUACGCAGUCCGCCUGUCGUGCCCAUUGUGUCGCAAGUGCUUCCGCUAUCCACGGAGCCGUCCAUCCAGGAAGACCGCUUGGAGGCUGUGGUCUCCGACGUCGGACACUCGCACUGGAGAGACCGCCACUUCCAAGAGAUCAUCCAGCCAGCGGCUCUGCGUGCACCGGAGGUGAUCCUUGGCUACAGAUGGGACACGCCUGCAGAUAUAUGGAAUCUAGGGUGCAUUGUUUGUAUUUCACAUAAUAUCCCUGUGAUGGAGCUUUUGAUCGGGUUCUGGCUGUUCGAACCCAACAAGGAAAGCGGAUGGGGUGUCGAGGAAGACCAUCUCGUGCGCAUGACGGAAGCGUUGGACACUCGCUUCGAUGUCGAGUUUCUCAGCAAAUGCAUGCACAGGGACCAAUUCUUCACCGCGGAUGGCAGUUUCGCUCAUUUUGAUGCGCACAAGGAGCCGACGUGGACCAUUCGCAGGCUGCUAGAGACCUUCUCUCUCGAACAAGAUGAGGCUGAGAUUGUCGAGGCAGAGCGAUUUAUCCUCAGAUGCCUACGGCUUGUUCCUGAAGAGCGUGCCACGGCCAAAGAUCUUGCCAACAACACAUGGCUAGAGUAG